ACGGGUCGAAAUCGUGACGACGGCAGCCAUUUAUUUACCUCGUCCGUCGCGACAAGUAGGAAAAGUUCUGCGCUUUCUUCUGUUCCGCGUGCGUGAAAAUUGUGUCCCACGGUGGGCAGACCGGUGCAGGACACUCCAUACAGCCGGAGGAACCUGCUAGCAGUGGGGGAAGGCGUGCGGAAAAGCGGUGAAACGUGCGGCAGGUCAUCGUGCCGAGGAGCGUGUGCGUGUGUGUGGAAGAAGUCGUGCUGGGGGAAAACGAAGGGGUGCUACCUGGCAGUGAAGUUUUCUGUGUGUAGUCGCAGCCACGGGUGCUGCCGAAUUAGCAUCGCAAGCCAUUUUCCUCUGAUCAACGGGAAACCAUACUUGCGUGCGGAUCUCUCCCGCCCCGCACCCGCUCGACCAAGCGUAUGCGCGAGCGAGUGAGUGUGUGCGUGUGUGUGUGUGUACGCCUAGAAACGGUGACCGGAGGAAGAAAUUAAAGGGAAAGUUUUGUAAUCGGAGCCAUUUUCCCGAUGGUGGUGGUGGUGAUGGGGGAAAAGUGAUCGUUUUAGAUGCCACCGGAUUGCGACGGUUCGCCGGAACGCCAGCCGAGGACGGGUGGGGAAAAUGUGUCGUCCGGCUGUCGUGAACUUUGCUCAUGGUGACGAAGAGAAUGGGUACGGGCACGGGACGAUGAGUGGCGUGUGCAUCCGUUGCAGUGUUAGAGACAACAAAAGUGGGACUGCCUAGCUGCGCAGCAUAUUGGGAGGAAUCAGAGUAGCGGGGGGAACAGCAGGGAGAGAAGAGUGUGUCGCAUACAGAAUCAUACCCACGCAUACGCACACACGAUGUCAGCUUCCGGUACGGCAGCGGUCAGUGGUGGAAGUCUUCCGGCCCUACUGAUGGCGAACGGUGGUGGUGGUGGUGGUAGUGGUGGUCCCGGCGGUGGUCCCGGCGGUGGCAAGGGUAUCGGCAAGCCCGACAUUAAACCGCCCGGCGGUGGAGGGCCAUCCGCUGGAGGGACGGGAACGGCCGGGAAGGUGCUGCUCGGCGGGGACAAGCAUGAGACGUGGCAGAUGGAGCUGCUGAUGGAGCGGCUACGGACGAAGGCCAAAUCGGCUCAGUACAAAUCCUUCCAGGAGAUGUCCAAAUCCGUGCGGAUGUCGCUCCUGGAAAAACGAUACGCCUUAGACGCGGUGGAAAAGUCUAAUCUACAGAAAACGCUCGACAGCAUGCAGUAUUGCAUAAAGGUGACCACCCGGCAGGGUCUGGUUGAGCGACUCGACUGUCUCACCAGACAGUUAGGCCUCAAGCUCAGCGAAGACACGUCCGGCCUGUUCAUCUCGUCCGACAUGUUUUACCUCGAAAUCAUACUCGACCCGGCCGGGGGCACGGUGCAGGACGUCAAGGUGCACCACGAGUGCAAGAUGAAGCAGCAGAGCUGCAGCGAGCUGGUCGCCUGCCUGCAGCGGGGCGACUUUGCCGACUUUACCACCCAGCUCGAGGGGCUGGCCUCCAUCUAUCAGCUCAACGCGGAGAAGAAGAUCAAGGUGAAUGCGUUCGUCGCGCUGCAGGCGCUCGAAACCGACCUGCACACGCUGUACACGCUGUCGCUGCAGCACUACGCGGAUGUGCACGCGCAGCUGCACAAGGCGCCGCUCGGCGUGGUGCAGAAGCGACGCGGGGGCCACCCGAUGCGGCUGACCUACUUCGUGGCACCGUACGAGCUGCUCGAUCUGACCACGCGCACCAUGAACGUGCUGUCGGCCGAGCUGAUCGCCCAGGAGCGCAUCGGUUGCAGCGUGGCGGUGGUGCUGGAAGCGUCCAGCGCGAACAAGCUGCAGAUACAGCCGCUGCUAGUGGUGAAUGCGGGGAGCGGGAGUGCGGCGUCCGUACUGCAGCCGGUGUACACGCCGAUCGAGAAGCACAACUCUACCUCGCUGCCGGCCACGUUCGUGCUGCGGCUGAGCAAACCGAUGCCGCUCAACAGCGCAAUGAUGCGCGCGAUCAGGGGCAUCGUUGGUGGUAGUGGAGCGGGCGAACAGCAGCAGGCGGGCGAAGGUUCGUCCGGUGGUGGUGGGCUGCCGGGAUCGCUUCUCGGGCUGAUCGCACACCACGCGUCGGCAGGAAGCGUGACGGAUCUGGCGAAGGGUUUGCUGGUGUCGCUGCCGGACCAGUACCAUUGCUACUUUCUCACGGACAAUCCGUCGCUGCGCGGGAUGAUGGUGAGCAGCAUACCGUUCACUGAGCCGCAGCACGUGCCCAAGAUCUUAACCUACCUCCGGCAGCAGGCCGUUUUCAAUCAGCUGCUGUCGAGCUGCAUCCGCACGAACGCCCCGGGCGGUGGUGGCGGACGGCCCAGCGCACUGCAGCAGCUGCUGGACGGUGGCAGUGUACAUACGAUCGAGAACGGAACGACCGGCGGGCUGCUGGUGUUCGAGGUGAGUGCCCUGUCCUGCCAGAACAUUACCGUCUCGCUGAUACACCCGUACGAGGAGUCGCUGGCCACGGUCGAGUUUGAUCUGCAGAACAUUGCCAACAUUGCGGUGCGCAUUUACUGCAGCGAGGGUGAAACCAGCGACGAGCAUACGGUGGAGCGCAUUUCGGCCGUGCUGCAGCGUUGUAUGUCGAUCCCGGUCACGCUGCGAGCGCUGAUGAAGGCGUGGGAGGAGGAGCACGAGCAGAAGUUCAAACCGAACGUGCUCGGCAGCUCCACAGUGUCUUUGGGAGGUGCCGGUGGAGGCCCCGGCGGUGGUGGGGGUGGAGGCGGUGGAGCGGGAGGUGCUGCUCCGGGUCUUAACAAUGGCGGUGAUGGAACGGGUCCGGCCGGUGGUUUAACCGGCACAGGGGACGAUGGAACAAUGAACGGGUUCAACCUCUCGUCGCUCGGUGGACCGGGCCCGGCAGUGGAUGGCUCGGGCGCUGGCGGAGGUGGAGGCAGUGCGGCAACGAACGGGACGGCCGCCGCCCAGCAGCAGCGCGGUCUAAUGAACGGAGAGGGCAACGGUCUCACGGUGAGCGGCGGCGGCUCCCUUGGUCUAGACUUUUGUGAUAUGCUGACCGAGCGAAACGGGAGCGGAUUGGGGGCGGCGGCAGCCAUUGGCAUCGUUGGUGGCAGAGGGCCGGGCGGCAUGGUUGCCCGGGAGCCGCCGGAACCGUUGGCGGGCGGUGCAGCAAAGAAACGACGCAUGGAGGAUUUUUGUAAGAGCCCAAAGAGUGAUAGCAACCUUAGCGUUGGUGGUGGCGGUGGCGGCGGCGCAUGUGACGCUGUUGGUACGGAGAAGGCCAACAUUGGGGCGGCUGGUGUGGCAGGCGCGACCGGUGCCACCAACAGCAGCAGCAUCACCACCACCACGAUCACCAGCCAGGAUGUGGGUGCAGCAGCAUCCGGCGCAACAGGUGCAGGAAACAGCAGCGAGCAGCGGCUGCAAACCGGCGGUGCAACGGAGGAGGACACCGGCGGCUUGCCACUGUUCGGGGAGACGGUCCCGGCGGCGGCGGGGACCGAUGCCAAGGGCAGCUCUUUGGGUGGAACUACAACUACAAACGCGAUGAUUUCUGCUAAGAAUGAACCUCCGAGCGUCCUGCCGACGGGUGGCGGCGACGGUGACACCGCCACGGGUGCCACGAUGCCGCUCCAAUCUUCCUCUUCCUCCUCCCUAUCUUCUCUGUCCUCGGCGGGGUUUUCGCUGGCCGGCGGUCCGCUAGCCGGUGAGCCGGCACCGGAUCGGCCCUGCCCGGGGACGUUGCUGCUGGAGAGUCUCGAUUUUUCCGCGCUCGAGCCGGACGCGGUGAAACGGUCCACUGGCGCCGGGCAGCCGACGAAGAGGCGCCGCAGCUCGAGUAGCUCCAGCUCCAGCUCGAGCAGCAGCUCGAGCAGCAGCUCGAGCAGCUCGAGCACGUCCGCUGCGUCGGACGAGCUGGAAGAGAGCGUGGAUCUGGUCGAGGCCGAGAUGAGCAGCUUUUUCGCCGAGACAAACAAUACUCAACCAGUGGCGGCCAUAGCGAAAGCGUCGUUCGGCUCUCCUUCCGGGAAGCCAGCGCUGGGAGCAGUAUCGCCCAUCGCCAGCAAGGUCGUAUCGCCUUCCGGUGGUGCUGGGCUAGAGAAAACACCUCUCCCAACGAUCAGCGGCUCCGGAUUGGAAAUUAUCCCGCUCGCAACGAGCGCUGGGACCGUGGCAGCGAGUGGAUUUCCUUCCCCAAGCGUCACCAGCGCGCCAAUAGCAGUACCGCAAAGCAACGCUACCGGCAGUACAUCCUCGACCACCGCUACUUCCUCAUCGACGGUUAAAAAAUCCUCAUCCAGCAGCGGCGGUGGCAGCGGCAGCCAUCGAAAGACAUCCGACUCGUCGGAGCGAACCAGCUCGAGCAAAUCGGAGAAGAAGAAAAAGCGCAAAACGGACGAUUCGGCGAUGGGACCGCCCAACAAGCUGCCGUACAAGUCGUCGGGCGAAUCGUCCCCGCACCGCAGUGGUGGAGGCGUGGGCGGGUCCUCGCUGUCGACGAGCAAGUCGAGCCCGAAACACUCCAGCCCGGUCCAUCACAGCAGCCCGAAGCACAGCGGAAGCGGUGGGCCGUUGGGGUUUCACAGCCCCAAGCAUGGUUCGUCGGUGUCGCCGAAGCAUCCGCUGCACUCGGGCGGUAGCUCGACCGGUGGCGGCAAGCCCAGUAUGUCUGCGCUGAAGUCGGCCGCGGCCAGCGGUAGCUCUCCCGGGUCGAAAUCCUCAGACGUCGGCGGCGGUGGUGGUGGAACGAGCGGCGCAAGCAUCUCCACCGCGGGUAGUUCAUCCAAGGAGCGCGACAAGGAACGGUCGGAGAAGAAGGCGCUUCAGUUCGGCACCACCAACACCGCUACUGGCUCAUCGUCGCUCACCGCGACCAGUGCUGCUGGCUCGAGUUCCAGCUCCAGUUCGGGUGGGCGCUCGAAGAACUCAAGCUUGAAGCUGAAACAGCUCGAUCUGGCCGCCGGCUCGUCGAUGAGCAUCUCGAUGGCGGCCGGGAUCGGAGACGCUGGCUCGAGCUCGCCCGUCGCCCCGAUGAUCGAUCUGACCGGGCCCGUCCCGGGUGCUGCGGCUGCCCUGGGAGGGCUGGGACUGCCCGGACCGGGCAUGACCACGGCAAGCUCGAUGCUGCAGGCACUGCAGGCGGCAAAAAACCGCAAAACCCCCACGGCCGCCGGCGGCAGCACUGGACUGGGCGGUUCGCUGAGUGCCGUGAUCGAUAAGCUCAAGUCGGCCCAAUCGGCGGACGACGAGGCGGUGCUGAUACUGCCAGAAAUGACCAUCACUCAGCAGACGACCUCGCUGGCGGCUGGGACGGGUGGCAUUGGGACUGGCGUAAACAUCGGCGGGUUUGGCGGUCUGAAGGAAUCGGCCAAGUCGGGGAGCGGCUUGUUGCCGUCGGGUGGCACCAGUUCAUUGAGCAAUUGUGUUUCCUCCACGGCGGGGAUUGCUGGUGCAGCCCUAACUCAAUCCAGCUCCGUGACGAGUGCACCUUCGCUGACGGCGGCCCUGACCAGCGGCAAAGCGUCCGAGUACAUGGUGAAGCCCAGCUCGGACGGCAUCAAGCUGACGAUCCAGAACAAGAAGGGCUCCAACAAAAGCUCCUCCUCCUCCUCCAACAGUGGCAGCGGGUCCAAGUCGAGCAACAAAUCCGGCCUAAAGUCCGGCGUAUCCAGCGGGCCCGUGUCGUCCAAGCAGCAGCAGCAGCAGCAGCAACAGCAGCAGCAAUCGAACCACACUACCUCCUUCAGCGGAGCCUUCCCAUCGUCCACCAAGAGCCCGCACUACACCAGCUCCACGUCCAGCUCCUCCAAGGCACCGUUUCAAAAGUCCAACUCAUUCGGUUCGCUCGGCGGAAGCGGCGGUACGGGAAUGAAAGCGUCCAAGGUAAGCUCGCCAAAGUCCACCUCCAACCCGGCCAGCUCGUCCUCAUCGUCCGCCUACUCGUCGAAGGAGAAGGGCGGCUCCACGUCCGGCCGGUCGAAAUCAUCGUCCGCUUCGUCGCUUACCGGAGCGAUGCUGACGGGAGCUACGGGCGGGACCGGAUCCGGCACGGGAUCAUCGUCCUCCGCCCUGGUCAACCCGAUAUCGAUCAUGAAGAUGCUCGGCUACCCGACCGGCUCGAUGGGCAACAUGGAGGGGUUUGCCAAGUCGCUUGACACAAAGUUUCAAAUCCCGAAGCUUUCGGCACGCUCCAACAGUGGCGCCAGCGGUACAGCCUCUACCGGGUCGAGCGAAAGCGGCGAGACGGGCUCCAAGAGCGCCAAGGAUCCUGCGGCGAGGAAACAGAAGCAACAGACGCCCGUUACCACUGCCGCACCAUCGGUAGGCUCGUCGCCGGUCAGGCAGUUCUCGUCCACUUCUCCUUCCGGCGAAGCAAGCGCUCGGCUACUGUCCGAUCUGCUCGGCGCUGCAGCUAAAAGUAGCAACAAAAUGGCUCCGGGAACGAGUGCAGCAUCGGUCGAUGGUACUGCCGGAGCUGGUGGUGGUGGUGGAGCCGGGCUGCAUCCGCUACUGCCUAACAUUGUGCAGAAAAUGUUUGGCAGCGAUGGCUCACUGCAGACCAAGUCGAACAGCUCCGAUGGAAGUAUGUUUCCCACGGCCGGACGGGCCUCUCCCGGCAUGCUGUCGGGGAGCGCCAGUAGAGACGGGUUUCGUUCGGGUGGCGGAUCCGGCUCGGCUCCGGGCACGCCCACCACAACGAGCUCGAUGGUGCUGCCCCCGUUUCCAUCGCCCAUCUCUGGCGGUGCGUCGAACGAUGGUGACGUGGGCUCCGGUACGCUAAUGCGCCCUCCGUCGCGCCCCAGCAGCACGAUAUCGAAUCAUUCCCACUCUUCCCAGGAUGGGAUUGGAGGCGGGAGCGGCAAUAGCGGUGACGCAGUGGCCGGCAGCACACCCGCCGUUGCCUCGAUGGCGUCGAUGAUGAUGAUGAACGCGAUGAGUGCCGCCGCUGGUGGAGGGCAGUCUCCGGCGUCCACCGGCGGGUCCCUGCCACUGGACAGUACCAGCACGCAGCAGCUCAUAGCGGCACUGGCCGCCAAGAGUGGCGUACUGCCGCCGCCGCCGCCCAACAAUCUACUUAACAACCACCACAGCAACCAUCUGAACAAUCACGUCGUCGGUGGUGCCGCGGCCCUGAACAACCUGCCGUCGCCGGCCUCCGUCUCGGUGCAUCUGGUCAAGUCGCCCGCACCCUCUCCGCUACCCUUCGCCUCGCCGCACUCCAAUGCUUCGUCGACGCACGCGGCCGGCGCCGCCGGUCUCGACGACGAUCUGAUGGAUGAGGCGCUGAUCGGUAUCGGCAGCAAAUGACACACAGGAUGAGGCCACGGCGGCACGGCGUGGAUUGUCCUGGGCUACUGAGCACUAGCAAGAGACCAUUACCUACUUACUGCCACUCGAUGGAGAAGGGGGAGCAUUAGAUGUUUGUCGCCUUACAAAUUCCUUGUGCUCGCGCUUAUCGCGUAGGAAAGAAGCGGUUGAAAGGUGUUGUUUGUUUGUUUGUUUCAUUUUUUUGGGUAGUAUUUUAAAGCACAGCUACCGCAGAUUCGCUCCUACUUUGUAAAGAGACAAUUUAGCUGAUGAUCAUGACACAAGAGCACACGGAAGUUUGCUUAGAUUUAGGAGGAGAAACAUUGAUAGGACAAAAGGGCGUACGGAAAAACGAACGGUUUCUUUCCUCAGGGGAAGUUUACAUCCUGACGAAAUAUCGAAAAAGGAUACACCAGGACAUACACUCUUGUUAGCGUAGCAAUAACGGCAGUAAGCAGCAGGUUCGUCCGUCAGUUUGGUCUGCUGGUUGUUGCCGUUAUGUUGCAGAAGCGCGCAGCAUAGAGAAGCUGACCUGAGGACUGUAAAUGUACAUUAAAGAAAUCUACCAGCAAUCGCCGCAGCCUGCACGCACGCACAGGAUGGUGGUGGCAUCAGGAUGGUAUUUGUAUAAGCAAACAGAUAGAGCAAAUCGCAUAAUUGAAAGGGCAGAGCAGAAGAGCAGCAGUGGAGGCAAUGUAGGAAAACGUUAUUCCCAGGUAAACUAAAACAAAAAAAAAGUACUAUAGCAGCAUUAAACACCGAAAGUGGAGUGGUAAUAAAGCAACAGAAAAAAAGCGCCAGCUAAUGAAACAAUAACGAAACCACACGCACGUGCAACGACAUGCCGCGGUGGUGGAAAGUUGAAGCAAAAA